AUGAGUGAGAAAGAACGUGCAUUAAUUGCCAGAACACAUAAAGAAUUCGGAACGUGUUUAACAGGCGAACGAUUGAAAGAAGACUUUAAAAAGUUAGGUAUUUCACCUGGCAUGAAUCUGUUGGUUCAUUGUUCAUUGUCAAAAAUCGGAUGGAUUUGUGGUGGACCCGUUACUCUUAUACAAGUUUUACUAGAUUUAUUAGGUCCUGAAGGAACUCUUAUAAUGCCAUCUCAAACUAGUGUUAAUUCCGAUCCUAAAUAUUGGCAAAAUCCACCAGUACCAUCAGAAUGGUUCGAUAUUAUUCGUCAAUCAAUGCCAAUGUAUCAAUCUGAUAUAACGCCAGCACUUUAUAUGGGAAUAGUCGCUGAAACAUUUCGAAAAUGGCCAGGAGUUUUACGAAGUGAACAUCCACAACAUUCUAUGAUUGCUUAUGGUAAAAAUGCUAAAUUAAUUAUUGAUAAACAUAUUGAUUCAUUUGGUGAACAAUCUCCAUUAGCUCGUUUAUAUGAUUUAAAUGAUAAUGGAUAUGUUUUAUUAUUAGGUGUAGAACAUGAAAAUAAUACGUCACUACAUUUAGCUGAAUAUCGUUUUCAAAUAAAUAAUAAUAUUGAAAAAAAAUUUAUAAAUGGUGCAUCAAUUGAAAAUUCCGAAACAAAAGCACGUCAAUGGUUUCAAUGGAACGAUUAUGAUUAUAAUUCAGAAGAUUUUAAUGAUAUUGGAUAUGCAUUUGAUUCUAUUCAGGAAAACACCACUGUUGGAUAUGUUGGAUUGGCAAAAUGUAGAUUGAUCAAACAGCAUUUAUUAGUUGACUUUGCCUUUGAUUGGAUGAAUAAAAAUAGAAUGAAAUUAACUCAAACAAAUUGA